GAUAGUGAUAAGAGCCAUCGUACGCUAAUCAUUGCACCUUUUAAUCAAGGUGGCCAUGGCAGUGCCUUAAUUUAUAUCCCAGCUCUGACAAACGAAAUGAAUCGUCGUGCGCGUGUGAAUCUUUCGAAUUUAACCCGAAAACAAUAAAGGAGGCUGUGCAAAUUAUUGUUUUUAUGUUAAAUGUAACGUUAAGCUUAAUGUGUCGCUUUGUUUUUGUGUUUUUACGUGUUUAAAUAUGUGUAAUGUACCGCCAAAGUUUUAUCAAGUGUGUCGUCUUUGUUUAUCAUGUCCGGAAAGUACUGAUAGGGGUAUCAAUUUAUCUAUUUUCGAAAAUGAUAUCGCCGACAGGAACAUCCCGACUAAGAUAAUGACGUGUCUCUCUAUACUGGUGUCUGACAAGGAUCCACUUCCACAUGUAAUAUGCUUUCGGUGCGCCAAUCAACUGGACGUUUUGAACGAAUUCAAAGAAGCCGCACGAAAAUCUGAAACGCUACUGUUCCAGUUUUUAGCUUAUGCUCGUCAGGUUACCGGUUCAUCUCAGAAUACUUUCCCAGUAGUUUAUUCCACGCUACCACAUCAGCCGGAUCAUGAGGUUGCUAGUUCGCCUCCUACGGCAAAUCUAUUCUGUCUAGAUACAGGCACCUACCAAUGGAAUGGAAAAGAAAAAUUAAUAAUAAAAAACCCUACACUUUCUGCAUUUCUGUUAUUACAAAUAUGUCUCCUUUUUUUAUGUGACUUUUUUAUGUGACAGAGUAGGCUACUU